AGGUCUUUGGGGAGACAGCUGUCUGGGAGCACCUGUGCCACCAGGGUGAGUGUGCAGGAUGAAGACUGCCGACAGCGAGGUCCUCGACGCUCACUUCACGGUGGACAAGCAGAACGUCUCCCUUUGGCCCCCAGACCCUCCUCCCAAGACGUGUCCGUCCCAGGUUCUGGGGAGACUCCUCACGGUCCGCGCUGUGGUCGUCUUCCUGACGCUGGUCACGGUCACCUCUGUCCUGCUGCAGGCCAUUCUCUAUCCCUGGUUUAUGGGCACAAUAUCAGAUGUCAAGACCAAUGCCCAGUUGCUGAAAGGUCGUGUGGACAACAUCAGCUCCCUGAGUUCUGAGAUCAAGAGGAACAGAGGUGGCCUGGUGGCAGUUGGCAAUCAGGUCCAAAUGGUGAACACCAGCUUGGAUCGCAUAAGUUCUCAGAUCCGGAGGUUGGAAACAGGCCUGAAGGAAGCCAGUGCACAGCUGCAGGUGCUAACAAGUAGUUGGAAAGCAGUUGAUGAGUUAAAUGCCCAAAUCCCAGAGCUAAAACAAGAUUUGGAUAAAGCCACUGCUUUAAAUGCAAAGGUCCGGGAACUCCAGAGCAGUUUGGAGAGUCUCAGCAAAUUGCUUCAACAGCAAAAGGACAUUCUCCAGGUGGUUUCCCAAGGCUGGAAGUACUUCGGGGGGCACUUCUAUUACUUUUCUAAAAUCUCGAAGACCUGGUACAGUGCCCAGCAGAUCUGUAUAUCGAGGGACUCCUACCUGACCUCAGUGACCUCAGAGCGUGAACAGGAGUUCCUCUACAGGACAGCAGGCGGACUUCCCUACUGGAUCGGCCUGACCAAAGCAGGGAGCGAGGGGGACUGGCACUGGGUGGAUGGCACUCCGUACAACAAGGUCCAGAGUGAGAAGUUCUGGAUUCCAGGCGAACCCAACAACAUUGGGAACAAUGAACACUGUGUCAACCUAAAGACGUCCUCACUGCGGUCAUGGAAUGAUGCCUCCUGUGACAAUACAUUUCUUUUUAUCUGUAAGCGGUCCUAUAAACCAUCAGAACCAUGACCGGACUGGCCCCUGUGCCAGCACUUUAAGCUCCAAAGCUCAUUGAAUUCAAGGAAAUGCUCCUCUCUCCUUUGUCCUCCAAGGUGAUUUUGAACCUAAUUUUUCAUGCUUUAAAGUUGUCCUGAAGGCAUCCCAGAGUCCAUCUACCUUGGCUGGGAAUUCUCUGGUCCCAGAGUGGAUAUCCUUUCCGCUUCAGCUUCAAAGGCAGAUGAAGUGGAAAGGAUAUCUUGGGUUUAAAUGCAGAGGUGAGGGUGGAGAGAAUAAGUUUGCACUGCUCCAGUGAGAUGGACCAGGAUACAGCAUCUGGGGCAGGACCCUGGAGGGGUCCAUCCCUUUGGAGAAGCCUUAGCUUUACUGUGUGAAAUUUGUGUACGACCACCCCCGAGAUUCUCCGGAGACCGAGACUCAGGGCGUUUCCAGUUGACAUCCCAGAAUUCCCAGUUGCCUUCCUAAGUGUUCUCAGUGGAAGAGCUCUGCUUUUGGUAGGCCCUAUUCAUGCCAUCUACCCAUGGUCCCCUUCUUCCUUAUCCUCUGAGACCUGAGCCCCUUCCUCCCUGGGAUAGGUUUGACUGGUUCAGGUCAGAGGCUGGAUGGAAACGUGUCUCUGCAGACCUAGACCAGUAUCCACGUGCUUCUCUCUACCCAUCACUUGCUGGGUGCUCCUCCCCGGGUCCCAGUCUGUUUGCCCAGCUCCUCUGCCUUGUUCCCUGGGCCUCCUCUUCUGCAUCUCCUCUCUUCCCAGGGGUCAGGGGAAGCGGCCUUCAGUAGAGAGGGCACCCCAGCUUCAUUAGAAUAAAAUGCUGCCUGGGAACUGGCCACUCUCAUUUUCUUCCUGGGGGUACAGGUGGAUGUAUGGGGUGGAGGGAACAUCUGCUCCACUGGAUAUGAAGUUCUGGGGUGUCCUCAGGAAACAGGGGUUCAAAUAACAGAAAGUCCCAGCCCUGGAAAUGCCAUAAAACAUGAGCAGUACUUAUCUUUGGUUUUUACUGAAAUGCAGCCAAAUAGGACUGCAGGGUCUGGCGUGUCACCACCUUCUGGGUGGUCUUUCUUCUUAGACAUUCGCGGACCAGCUUCUGUUCUCUGGCUUUGCACUGGGUGGGGAGAUGCGUCAGGUCUCCCAUUCUUCACAGAGACCCUGAUCGCAGCCAUCAGUUCCAAAUCUGCCAUGCAGGGGCCGAAGCAGGAAUCCAGGCUGCACAGACAGAGCGGAGCAGAGAGGAAGCAGAAAGGGGUACUCUGUGAACGCAUGGCAGGCUCAGCAGAGCAGCCCUCCCCUCCUCAGGGUCCUCGUUAGGUGCCCUCUUAAGGGUCCUGGGGGGAGGAUGUUUUUCUUCAAUGACUGUGACCAGCAGAGUGGUGUUCUGGUUGUGAAGAGGUUGAACUGGAGGGAUAUUAGGAGGAAGCUUGAAGGAACACGGGGCAAAUGGCCUUUUUAAAAAUAUGGUGAUGAUGAGGAAUGAACAGUUCGUGAUGGGGUUCAUGUGAGAGCAUUUGCCCAAAGCUCCAGGGGCAUCUGAAGUCUGGGGGUUGGGGCACAUCAGGGGAGUGCAGACCGGCGAGCACGCAGAGUAGGCUGUGUGGGCACAGAAGGCAUCUGCAUCUUCUCCAAGAAAUACUUGGCUGUUCUUACUCUUCAUAAUUUGAAGUAGCAAAUUACGGGAGAAUAUUAUUUCUUCCCAGUGUCAACUACCUGCUCAGAGCACGAGCUGAUGGAGACAUGAAAUACAAGUCGUAGGCUCAGAGCUGCCUCUAGGGAACUUCCCCAUUGUGUUUCCAAACCUGACUCUGCUUUCCAUCAUACUGUUGCGCCUGACCUGUUAGUCACCAUGUCUGGGCU